GCGUCUCAUCUCCAUAUAAAGGAGGUGAAGACCUGUUGCGCUCUCACGGCUCAGCUGCCAAUCCACCGAGCCAACCUCGGCGCAUUUCUAAGGACUGUUCCCAUCACGGCGCCGAUGGAUUUUAAAGAGCUCGGAGGGGAGUCUUCCGAAGAAGGGGAGACAGAGGACCUGGACAGCGUGAAAGCACUUACAGAGAAGCUAAAGCUGCAGACCCGCAGACCGUCCUAUCUGGAGUGGCAGGAGCGGGUGCAGAGUCGAUCAUGGAAGGAGAGUUAUUCCGCAGACAGCGAGGGAUCUGGAGGAAAACCUGUUUCUAUUCCCGCGACUCUGAGGAAUGAGAACUCCGAGUUGGUUGUCCGCAACAUUUGUGGCUUUGACACUAUUGAUGAUGCUUUGGACUUCCUGAGAAAAGAGCUGGUAAGUAACCCCUUUUUUAUUUUUUUAUUUUUUUGUCAAUGAAAGAUCUCUUUGAAAAAAGUUUCUGUUUCUAUGUUUCUAUGCAGAAAGCGUUGAUAACGUCACAUGAAAAUGAUCUUUCUCUUCCUCAAACACCUCCACUUGGAUAAGAGAGGCUAGAUGCCACUCUUCUUUAUCUGCUCUCCAUGAAUGUCUGACUUAGUUAUAGUGCACUGACUUAACACAGUUUAUUCAAGUGUGAUGAUCCUGACAUAUCAGGUUUGAGUGCUUAUUUUACACAAGCCAGCUUACUGCACACUUGGAUGAACUGUCAUCUGUUUAACAAAUGUAGAGUUGGAAUAUCCUAAUCUAGACCUCCAAACAUUUUCUGGCAUCUCACUGAACUUCUCCUUAACUUUCCAUCCAUACCCCCUUUCCUUGCUUCUGCUCCUCAGCGGGACAUGCAGGUCCAGGACAACCAUCUGGCCCGUCAGCUGAUCAGCCUACGUGGGGAGAUCCACCGCUUGAAAAUAGAGCAGGUGUGCCAUCGCCACAAAGAGAUGCUGGAUGAUGCAACGUAUGAGCUGGAGGAGUGUGACGAGGAGUCAGACCUGCUGUGUGACAUCCCCAUGAAGGCCGCCUUCGCUCUGUCCACCCCACUCAAACAUCUGGGCCUUACCAAGAUGAACAUUAACUCCAGGCGCUUCUCCUUGUGUUGAGACCCCAGUCUUUGCGUACAACACAUUGUGUUUCAUCUCUCUUUUCUUGACAUUUAGGCAAUAGAAUGAACAUUUGAGGCUAUUGGUGCCUCAAAUGCAAAUAAAAUACUCCUUCAAUGUUCACCUUGGCUUGAUGUAGAUACACAAGAAAGAGGUAGUGUGCAAACCUUUUGGGAAACACACCCCUAACAUCAACACACCUAUAUGGUGGACCUGACCUGCUCUUCUCUUCUGCUGGCUGUCAAGAGGGACUAAGGAGAUUAAAUCUUGAGACGGAUGAGAAGGGUGUGAUGUUUACUGUUAGACACCAACAGGUUUGGUAUGAAAACAAAGAUUUACAUGUAUUUUAUGUACAAAAGAGACAGGAAAUUGAUUCAGAAAUGAGAGGCAGCUUACUUUGGAAGAGAGAGAUUCCUGGUUACAGAAGGUAACUUUUUAGUUUGGUUGAAGGGGAUUCCACGAUGAAGAAAUGAUCAGGAUAAAAUUAAAUAUGGUUAAAAGUUCAAACAAAUCUCACAAGGGGCUGCAAGGAGACAUCCAUCCAUUCUUGAGAUAUCAUAAGGUGUACAAAUGUUUGGAUACUUUGCAUCAUAUGGAAAUCUGGCAUGUGUCAUAAAUAUGGAAAUGGCAUUUCUUGCUGUCAGUUAAAGAGAAUACACUGUAAAAAUAUAUAUGUAUACUUGGUUGAUUGAGUGUGGGUUUACUCUGUUUUUUUGCACCUCUUCAUGAACCAAAAAUAUCCCCUCAGCCUUGUCACUGCUAUAACAGGAUCCAGGAGGUAAUACCUGAUUUAUUGUGUUUUCCAUGACCACGUUUAGAUGCUACAGAGUAAAGAUUAGUAACCAUGUAAGGCUGGAUGUUGACCAAGUGUAUUUUAAAGCUCUAUGGUCCACUGCAAGACAAGUGAAAUGCCUAAUAAUUCAACUUUACAGAGGCAAUGAUAGGAGGGGGAGCCAAUUUUUAAAAGAUUUUUAUUUUACAUUUAUUGUUACUGUUUAAUUAGUAAUUAACAGAAACAAACAUCUAUACGUUUUUUGUCACUGUGUAUAUAUUCAAACAAUGUUACUGUAAAUUUAACAUGUCUGCAUGACAAGUGAAUACGAACAAUGCUUUUAAAUGUAAAUUGCAAAACAAUAGUAAAGAAACUUCACUUUAUACCACUAACAAA